CCGACUCGGAGGGAGACCCUGGGUUUGGAGUGGGAAGUGAGGUGUGGGAAGUCCGUCGCUUUCUGAUGAAUUCAUUGGCCGCUGGAGACUGGUACUUGAACCCUAAACUCACUUCUCAGGUGGGUCUGUAGACCACGCGUGCAGGAGAUUGAAUUAGUUAUCAAUAAUGGGAAGAACCUACAUCGUAGAAGAGACUGUUGGCCAGUAUCUUUCAAACCUCAAUCUCCAAGGGAAGUCUUUUGUCUCCGGCCUUUUAAUAGGACAGUGUUCUUCACAAAAGGAUUAUGUGGUCCUUGCCACUAGAACACCACCCAGAGAGGAAAAGAACGAGAACCUCAGGCCUCCCGGAGAUAAGCUGGACGACAUGGAUGAAGAGUGGGCCACAGAGCACGCUAAGCAGGUGUCCAGAAUGCUACCUGGGGGGCUUUUAGUUCUUGGAGUAUUUAUUAUUACAACUUUGGAAAUGGGAAAUGAUUUUCAAAACGCUCUGCGCAGACUAGUAUUUGCUAUGGAAAAAUCUAUGAGCAAAAAAAGACUGUGGAAUUUCACAGAAGAGGAAGUCUCAGACCGUGUGGCACUUCACAUUUGUUCUUCUACAAAAAAAAUAUUUUGUCGAACUUACGAUAUCCAUGAUCCAAAGAGUUCAGCAAAACCAGCAGACUGGAAGUAUCAGAAUGGACUGUCAACCUCAUGGCAUUCUUUAGAGUGUACAGUUCACAUUAAUAUUCACAUCCCACUGUCUGCUACUUCUGUCAGCUAUACCCUGGAGAAAAAUACAAAGAACGGACUUGCACGCUGGGCCAAGCAAAUAGAAAAUGGGGUUUAUUUGAUUAAUGGACAAGUUAAAGCUGAAGAUUGUGACCUACUAGAAGGACAGAAAAAAUCUUCUAGAGGAAAUGCUCAAGCAAUUGGUCAUUCUUUUGAUGUCAGAGUGCUCACACAGUUGCAUUUGAGUUCUGACCACAGGUCCACGGCUACUGUCCAGGUCUGCAGCGGCUCCGUAAACCUGAAGGGCGCCGUGAGGUGCAGAGCCUACAUUCAGAGCAACAGACCCAAGGUCAAAGAUGCUGUGCAGGCAGUGAAGAGAGAUAUAUUGAACACAGUUGCUGAUCGUUGUGAAAUACUGUUUGAGGAUCUGCUUUUGAAUGAGAUUCCAGAAAAAAAAGUUAUGAAUUCUGAAAAGGAGUUUCACAUCCUCCCUCACCGAGUUUUCGUCCCUAUUCCGGGAUCCGCAGUAAUGUUAUGUGAUUAUAAAUUUGGCGAUGAGUCAGCUGAAGAAAUCAGAGACCACUUCAUAGAGAUGUUAGAUCAUAGGAUUCAAAUAGAAGAUUUGGAAAUUGCAGAGGAAAUAAACACAGCUUGUAUAAGUUCCUCUAUGAAUGCCGAACCUUCAUUGGAUAACACGGAUGAUGAGCAACAACCAAAAGAACCAAUUAAAACUGCAAUAGUGUUGAAAAUUCAUCAAAACAUAGGCGUGAUUGCAGCAUUUGCCGUUGGAAUCCUCGCUGCUGGUGUCUCCUUUCAUUACUUCAGUGACUAAUCAGGGUGAGGCACAGAGGGCUUCCUGAUCAUCCGGAGAACACUGUCCAGCAGUUAUGAAUAACAACUGUGCCACCAAGCCAUCUGCAUUUAAGACAGUAGCAGCCAGAUCUGUUGCCAAAUGCCUCUUAGGUGUGUUUCUAACUUAAUGUGAAAUCACCAGCUGCCUUGUUUAGCCCUGCUUCUGUCUGCUCAGGCUUCCAAAAAUAAAGUUAUUUAUCUAGAGGAAGCUGCAUGUAACAAGUCAUUAUACCUAUUUUUUUAAAGGUUUGGAACAGUCAUUUAUUUUCACAGAUUUUAGCCCUUUUGAUGUGGACCACAUGUUCAUCAGGACAUUGACAAUGUGAAUAGUCAGGGUUGGCUGAGUAUCUUAGUGAUAGAACAGCAGGAGAAAUUUCUUCCAAGUGGGGUAACAACCUGUUGGGUGAGUUCGUGCUACAGGACCUUUCUAAUGUGUACCCAGUUCCAAAAUACUGACCAAGCUCUAAUCAAGAGGUAGGAAGCCUUUCCAGGUUUGAGUCAGUAAGGAGUGCCAUAAAUGAUGUGCUUUCUCACAUUUGUGUGUCAUACUUGUUUUGGUAUGUUAAAUAAGACUUUUUCUUCCAUCAGGACUUUAGACGAGGCAUUGUAAAACACCUAGAUCCCGAAUAAAAGUUUACCUUUAAUGCAUUCAUAGGCUCAGAGGAAGUAGGGGAAAUCUCCAAGACCCAUACCUUUAUUUUCCUUUCCCUACAAAACCCAGCACAUUUUGAGGUGGGAACCGUGCGUACUGUAUUAGGCAUACAGGUGGCCUGUGGCUGCCGGGGGCAGACACCAACUGCGGCACUGCUCUGUGUAGUUUACCUCGGGCCAGAACCAGGAGAUUAGUCUGAGCCCGAGAUGCUUCCCCAGCCAGCACAGUCGAGGUGGCCCUCAGUUUGGAGUGCCCUCUGACUCCUGGCAGAAGCGGGAUACAGGCCCAGGACUCUCAUAGAGCAAGAUAAGCAAUGUUAUUUCAUGACUGGAGAUCGUCAAGCACAAGUUGAAACUAGCUAGCAUGAGAAAGAACCUAUAGAAAGAACGAACUGUGGAUUAAAUUCUUUAAGGCCUCGUCGCCAACAUACAAGAAGGAUGGAACCACUGGCAGAUACGCAAAAUAAAACAAAAGGAACUGCUAGAAAUGAGAAAUGUUACUUGCAGUUAAAAAAAAAACUUAGACAUGUUGAAUAUCAUAUCAGACUCAGCUGAAAAGACAGUGAAUAAACUGGAAGCUAAAGCUAAAGAAAUGACUCAGUUUGCAGCGAGGAGAAAUGAGCUCCUGGAAGAUACAAAUUCUAAGAAUUAUAGAGGGAAAAAUUAUAAAAACUCAAAGCACCAGGGAGAGAGACUAGAGAGGGUGGAGGAGUGAUAAUAUCUGAAGAAAUAACAAUUUUCCACAUUUGCCGGAAGAAUAUGAAUUCAGGAAGCACAAUAUAUCCCAAGCAUAUAUGGAUAAAAUUCAUGCCUAAACCCAAUGUCAUGUAAUUGCAAGAUACCAAAGAUUUUAAAGCAAUCAAAGGAGGAAAGAGAUGAAUGAAGGUGAGACAAAUAUGAAGUAGACUUCUUAAUGGCAACAGUAUACCCAAAAGAUGGUAAUUUAAUGCUUUCAAAAUUGUGGAAAAACCUAAUUAUCAACUUAGAAUUUGUACCAAGCAAGACUGAAAUAAAGGCAUGCUCAGAUGAAAAACAGAUUUUACCAUCAACAGACCAUUAAGAGACUGCAAGAAGAUGAUCUGAAAUGGAAGAACUAGUGAGCAAAUACAAUGAUAAACGUGUGUAAAUCAAGUGUUGUUUAUGGAAAACCAUCGUAAUGAAGUGUUUAUAAGAAGUUGUAAGCAAAUGUAAAAAUAAACAUUUUACGCAACAUU